AUGGUCGACAUGAAAGCGUCCACGGCCACGUUCAAGGUCGUCAACACACAUUACUCGCCGCAUUACCACAUGAACUCGAGUCAGAUGAUGCAAUGGUACACAUUGUGUCGUGAAGCAGGCGUAACGGUGUGGUUCAACAGCCACACACACAGCUUCAACCACGACAUUGCGACAUGGGGCACGCACUUUUUUGAAAACGGCGGCGGCGGCUACUGGACGCGCAACUUGCCUGGUAUGAACAAAGGGUUGGUCAAAAAAUUGGCUGCAAGUGCAAUUGCCACGUUCGACGACCAGUGGACGUUUGGAGGGAUGGACAUGGACGCGACGGUCGUGGGUGGGCUCCUACGGGGUUAUUGCUGGUUCAUUCCACGGAUGUUUCAAGCACAUGGUGGCGUCGAGUGUCGUGCGUCAGUGAAUGUAGCUAUGGGAGCUCACAUGGAAGAUUAA